AGUCCAAGAUGGCGGGUAAGCCAAACUGUUUGAUUGUCUGCAGUUCUUCUCCCCAAGGGGUUUCUGCUCAGUCAUUCAUUCCUGCAUUCACUCUAACUCAUUCAGUAUUCAACGUACAGAUAGCCACCCCAAAAGGGCUUCAGGUGGAAUACGUGCAGACUGAUGAGAACAGUAGAAAGUGGCUGAAUGAGUUCAGAUCCAAGCCUUUCUCAGUUCCAGGAAAACUUGAAAAUGUUGAUGCUUUCAGGUACUCUGCAAUUCUCAUCCCUAAUGCACCUGGUGCCCUGCACGAUUUGGUCAAUGACGAGGAACUAGCAAAACUAUUGAAUGUCUUCAUACAGGAGAAAAAGCCAAUAUGUGCCAUAGGUCACGGUGUUGGAGGUCUGUUGUCAGCCAAAAAAGAUAAUGGAAAAAGCUGGAGUUUCAAGAACUACAGCAUGACUGCACCAUCAGUCCUAGAGUUGUGUCAAACUCAGGAAUUCCCUGGAUUACCAAUUAUAUUAGAGGAUAGCAUUAAGGACAACAGUGGUACAUAUAGUGCAAGUGAACCAAACUGUGUCCAUGUGGUAAUUGACAGACAUCUAAUUACUGGACAAAACGACCAAUCAACUCUCCCUGCUGUACAAAAUCUUAUCCUUUAUGCCAGGCAAGGAAAAACCACAAAAAGCUGAUAAAAGUAUUAAAUGAAUAGAAAGAUUAGCAUCAUUAGUUUAUAACAAAAUUUUAUUUUUUCCAAACAUUAAGUUAGUAGGUUGUCAGUAGGUUGUCAGUAGGGUGUUGGUAGGUUGUCAGUAGGGUGGUGUUGGGUUGUCAGUAGGGUUUUGGUAGGUUGUCAGUACCAACACCCUACUGACAACCUACCAACACCCUAGGUUGUCAGUAGGGUUUAAGUAAAAUGUUGGUAGGGUAUCAGGUUGUUGGUACUGUAGGUUACUUAGUCUUCACUUAAACCAAAAUAAAACUAGGAUCAUUUACCAAUCCUGAAUUAUUUCCAUGCAAACUAUAGCUUAGAGCCCAUUUCCAUGAUACUGGAGUGAGUUCACUCCAGAAUGAGAAUGAAAUUUCAUACCGCGUUUACAUGAGAAAAAUCCACAUGACGAGUUCAAGCUACGAUCGCAUUGAAAUGUCUGAUAGGCAUGCGUUAUUCAUUUCAUUCUCCCUGAAGCAGUUUCAUUCUGGAAUGAGUGUUCGUUCCAUGUUUACAUAAUACAGGUAUGAAAUAUCGUUCCGGAAUGAGUGUUUCGUUCUGGAAUGAAUCCAGGGAUGACUCAUUCCAGAAUGACUCGUUCUGCAAUGAAAUAUAGCUCCGGUAUCAUGUAAACAAAUACAAAGAAAUAUAUGGCAAGCGGGAUGAACUCGUUCCGGAAUGAAAGUCAUUCCGGUAUCAUGUAAAUGGCCCUUUACAUUUCCCCAAAUAUACCUCUUAAAUUAUAAUUAUUAUUAUCAUUAAUAUGUAAUACUAACCAUGAACAUUGAAAUGUACAAAAAUUAUGAUUUUCCUCAUUUGUGUUUUGCAUUAUUAAUAAAUGUAGAUGUUUUCAAAA